CAACCACGACAUAGGCAAAGCAGACCACGUUAGAAGGGUCCAAUGGUCGGUUGGUGAUGAUGUUAUGUUCUCUCUUUAGUAAUCUCUAAAGCAACCAAACCAAAACUCAUAUACUUCUUAACCAGUCUUCCAUUUCUUUCUGUGCCAAAAACUUUAACCAAAAACGCUUCUCUGUUUUUUGUUCGAGUCCUUUGUUUUGAGUAUCUGAUGAGGAAACUUUGUCCAAAUUUUGAUCGUGAAGAUGGGUUGGAGACAGUGCUGGAGGUUCCAAUCCCAGAAGAGAUGUUUACUACCAACAAGAACACACACAGAUCAUGGCAGAAUAUGAAGUGUUGGAUUAAGCCAUACAAUGAAAAAUCAUCGUCUUCUCCCUCCAUGCCUGCUCUUUUUGGUAGCCGAAAUGCUGAGAUCCAGCUUCUUCUUGGUGUCGUUGGUGCCCCAUUGAUCCCUCUUCCCAUCCACUCCGAUGAUCGCAACCCCAUUAAUAAAAACAUCAAAGACCACCCCAUUGAUGCUUCAAUGGCGCUAUAUAUAGUGAAGCAGUACAUAGCAGCAGUUGGGGGGGAGAAGGUAUUGAAUUCUGUGGACAGCAUGUAUGCUAUGGGGAAGGUGAAGAUGGCGGCUUCAGAAUUUUCAGCAGGGGAAGGGAGUUUGAACGACAAGGUGUUGAAAGCGAGGAACUUUAAGAAUGGUGGUGGCGGGGAGAUAGGUGGAUUUGUGCUAUGGCAGAAAAGGCCUGAGCUUUGGUGCUUGGAGCUGGUAGUUUCAGGCUGCAAAAUCAGUGCCGGGAGUGACGGCAAGGUUGCCUGGAGGCAGACCCCGUGGCAUCGUUCUCAUGCUUCAAGGGGUCCACCUAGACCUCUUAGACGUUUUCUGCAGGGUCUUGAUCCGAGGUCCACAGCAAAUUUGUUCUCCAAUUCAAUCUGCGUUGGAGAGAAGACGAUCAACGAUGAAGAUUGUUUCGUAUUAAAAAUUGAAGCUGAAUCCUCAGCACUGAGAGCAAGAAGUACUAGCAAUGUAGAGAUAAUCCGUCACACAGUUUGGGGAUACUUUAGCCAGAGAACAGGCUUGUUAGUCCAACUUGAAGACUGUCACCUCCUGAGAAUCAAAACCGCAAAAAAUGAAAGCAUAUUUUGGGAAACUACAAUGGAGUCAUUGAUCCAAGACUACAAAAUUGUUGAUGGCAUUAAUAUUGCACACGCUGGAAGGACUUGUGUGUCCUUGUUCAGGUUUGGAGAGAACUCGGAAACCCAUUCCAGGACGAGAAUGGAAGAGAUUUGGGCCAUUGAAGAAGUGGAUUUUAACAUAAAGGGUUUGUCCAUCGAUUGUUUCUUGCCUCCUGGAGACCUGAAGAGUGAUCAGGAAGAUGGCUGCGGUAUUGUAACAAAGAAUGCGCGAUUACCAUUCAAGAUUCGAACUGCUUCUACUUCUACUAGAGUUAGUGUUUCCAAAGUUGUCGCCCUUGAUGAUGCAGAUUCAGAUGAUUCUGAAGAUGAUGAUGAAGAGUUGUAAAUGUCUUUUCAUUGUGUACAUAUUUUAUAUGACAUUACAUGCCUAUUCUUUAGUCAAAUUUAGAAAAUCUGUAAGUUUUGAGUUUUUGAUAUCAAUGUCAAUUGAAGUAAAGUUUUUUGUUAUCAAGAAAACUCUUAAA